CAGCGCCGCUACUCGCUGCGCGCCGCCUGCCCCUGCGGGCCGUGCCGGGAUCCGAUCUCGCGUGGGUGGCGGAUUGUCCAGCUGGUGUGAAGUGUGUGCGGAGGGUCUCGUGAUUGCGCUGGCGCCGGGGUCACUGCCGAGUGACGUGUGGGACAGUUCGAGUGGAGGAGACGCUUGAAUUCUGACCAGUUUUCGUCUGGUCCGGUUCUCAGCGGCGGUUGCAGCCUGUUUUUAAAGCGCACUGCACCAAUGGCAGGCAAGGACGAGCAGACGCCGCCGACCGCGAGGGCCUGCCGACCACGGAGCGGUAUGUCGGACAUAGGUGCAACCAAUACCGCCGAGUUUCAAAAGUCGCUACGACGAAGCGGGUCAUUGCGGCUUCGAGGGGAGGCUGUGCCUACUGGAACACCAUCACCCAGAAGGGAGAAAACAGCUGACUCGCUGCGGCCACGGCGUGCACGGUCGUUCCGGAGCGCGGCCAGCACGCCGGAGCCGGCGGGGCGCGGGGCCUGCUCGCUGCCGCCGAGCCCGGCCCUGAGUCGCAGAAGCUCCACGGCUGACAGCUCGUGGGAGACGCGGUCGCUGCUGGGCGCGGAGUCCCCGUUCAGCACGGAAGGCAUCGCCCGGAACGGCACCACCUUCUCAUCCCGCUGCAACAAGUACGUGGUGCACUGCGCCAAGAGGGUGGACGACGAGCACUACCUGACGCCGACGCAGCGCACCACGCGCGACCUCAAGCGGCUCCGGGCGUUGCUGGACAAGGCUCAUGACACCAUCCGGGAGAGAGAUGCCGAAGUGAACCGGCUGAAGCAGGAGAUUGUCUUUCUAAGGCUACGCGGAACGUCGUCUCAUGACGCCACUGACGCUCCUGCUGACCUCGGGGCUAUCGACCGGGUCAGUGACCUGAAUGGUCACCGAGAUGAGGCCGAUUGCGUGGAGCAUGGGAGCUCAUUCGAUGCUACUGAGGUGCCUUCGCCUACGUCAAAGAGCGCCUGCCCCGCACCUACGGCAGAUGAACCAGAGAUGAGCACAACGGACAAGCCGACGCUGCUGCCAUCUGUGUGCGACUCAGGUAACUUUGACUGCCUGACGUCGCCGAGCGUGAGCUCCAAGGAGUCGGGCGAUAAGAUGGCGGGCAUGGAGCUGGAGCAGCGCCUUGGCGAUGACUGGGAGGAGACGGAGCACUGGAUCGAGUGGGAGGAGAAGCGUCUGCGCGAGGAGAGCGAGCGGCGCAUUACUGAGCUCAAUCGACAGCACGCCUCCGAGUACCAGGAGAUGAAGGAGAAGUACAACGACAAGGUGGAGGGACUGCUACAGAAACUCACAGAGGCAAACAGCAGGUACUUCGAGCUGCGGCCUCUGUACGACGCCAGCCGACUGCGAGUGGGCCAGCUGGAGUUACAGCUGGAGACGACGCGUGUUCGCGCCGAGCGACGCGACGCGCGCGAUGGCGCCACGCAAACCUCUGCUGCGCCGAUUCUGGUGGCGGCACAGUCGCAGACACCGCAGCAGCCCGCCCAAAUGUCAGCACAGUCGCAGACACCGCAGCAGUCCGUCCAGGUGCCAGCACAGUCGCAGACGCCGCAACAGUCCGUCCAGGUGGCAGCACAGUCGCAGACGACGGCAGAGCUAGCUGUCGGGGAUCCUGUUCCGGCGGCUGCAGAGUUAGCUAUCCGACAACAGCCGACUCAGGUGGCAGCACAGUCACCGACCCUGCAACAGCUGGCCACCAAUGAUCCUGUUCAAGUGGCAGCGCGCGCAGAGACUCUGCAGGAGCUGUCCCAGGCAGGCAGUAGCGCAAUCACCGAUUGUGCAGCAGCUAACGCCGGUGACGUCACUGACGGAGGCGUCUCAACUAGCCGGCGGGGACCCUGCACAGAUGGCAGCACUGACGCAGAGGCUGGAGCUGACGGAGCGCGAGUUGGACCGCGUUCUGAAGCUGCCGAUGCCGAACGGCUGCUCUCCGCCAUGCAGAGUCUGUGCUACCAGCAGCCGGGUCUUUCUCGUCAAAGCCUGUACUGUCAGCAGCUGGCAGUGCUGGAGGACUCCCGGCUGAGCUCCGACCCAGCGUCGCGCGAGAUGGACCCGCCGAUGCGGCUGCAGUUCCUCAAGUCGGCCGUGUUCCACUACCUGACCGACCGGGAGGAGUACGCCGGCCACAUGCGCGCCAUCUCGGCCGUGCUGCAGUUCUCCGACUGGGAGCGGCAGGAGGUGGAGCGCGUGCGAGCGCGCAAGCUGAGUCACGCCUAGUCACACGGCCGCAGCGGCGCCGCGGGAGGUGGUGUGAUGUCACUGCAAGGGCACGCUUUGCACGAUGUACCCGUCACAGGCCGCACGUUGUACCGGUGGGGAGCGACGGUUGGCGCGCGCUGUUUGAUUAGAUGUUUUAGUGCAAUAUAUGCGUUGGGUUCUUU